GAACAAUAAACCCCCUCGCGCCGAGUUCCCGCCGCAACUUCCACCCAGCUCAGGCGCGCUGGGGCGCAGUCCCGGACAGACCGCACGCGUUCAGUCUGCGGCCAAACUCCUACAUCUGGAUCGCUUCUUCGGAGCUCUUUGCUGCGGGCAACACGUUUCCUAGGGAGUUCACAUUGUUUGUGUCUCUGAGGCUACGGCCUGAGAGCGGCGGCUACGGCCAAGGGACCCUCUUCUCCCUCCGCUCUAGACGGAGGACAGGGUCCUUCCUCUCUCUCGAGCUGGCGGGGAGAGGGGCUGCGAGGCUGGUACAUGCGGGAUCAGGGUCCUCAAGGUCCAUCUACUUGGCUGUCCCGCUGUAUGACUUUCGCUGGCAUCAUAUUGCUAUCAGCGUUCACGACGACAACACCGUGCGAGCGUACGUCGACUGCCGCUGGCUGAGGACCGAUGUCCUUGAAAAGGACGCUUUAGACACUCCGAGGGACGCUGAUCUCAUUAUAGGAUAUCUCUUCUCGGGCGACCUGGAGCAACUGGUUCUGGUGCCAAAAGCUGGACAGGCGCAAAAACAGUGUUCCAGCCAGGCGACCGGACUGUCGACCCCUUACGUCACGCUGCGAGACACGUAACUACACGGACUGGGAAUAGCAAGUUUUGUAAAUCGUAAGUUACCGGUUUUUACGUAGUGGUCUUCUUUUUUUUUUCAGCUGUUUUUAUACGGACAGUACGUAGUGGUCUUCUUUUGUUUUUUUUUUCGGCUGACAGUGAUUUUGAAAUGUUUUUUUUUGUAUUUUCUAUGUGGACAGUAUCUAAUCUAUGCAGUUGACAUUAACCUUCUUUUUAUAGAAGAAGGUUUUUAUUAACAUACCUACGUGCGCUAAUAGGGAAAGUAUUUUUCGUAUCAUUUUGUGUUUUUACGACUGGUUUUGUACUUAAAUCUUCUUUUUUUUUUAUUAAAAUCGUAUUUUAAAAUACUAGAAUUCACAUGACGUCAUGUAUUAGUUCUGGAAGUAAUAUUAUUUCUCUUAGUUUUCUUCUUGAUUUAGUCAGUAUAA